AGGAAAAGCAGCUGACUUGAUGUGGUAUAGGUUCUCCCCCUCCUUCCCUCCCUCCCUCCCUCCGCCGUCCCGUCCCAAAGGGGUUUGAUUUGAUUUGAUCCGUGGAGGAGGGUGACGCAGAGGCAACGUGGAGCAAAUAAUGCAGUCCUGAGGUAGCAGUACCAGUACUCCAGUAGUGGUAGUUUUUCUCUGGGCUUGGGGGCGUGCUGCUGCUGCUGGUGAAAGAUCUUGAUUGGGGCGAGCGAGACCGGGGUGGUUGUCAUGAUGCGCCGUAGGGUCCAGCGCCGGGGUGGUUGCUGAUGCCGUGAUUGGGCUUGGGUUUCUUUCAAGGUGAUAUACUAGAUCUCAUCUCAUCGCCCAGGGAUGAGAUUUGAGGGGGAGGCAGACCUUGUGCCGAGGGCCUGAGGCAGCAGAGCUUCUCUCCGGUUGAUGGGGCCGCCUGCUCCGCCGACGACGUCCCCGGCACCACGGCUCGCCGGGUUCGAGGGGGAGCUCCGUGGCGCUCCGGCGCGCUGCUGAUCGGGCUUCUGGGAGGAGGAGGAGGAGGAGGAAUUCUGCUGUCUUUCCUAUUGUUUUCGGAGGAGGAAGAAGUGAAGGGGGGAUACCACAACUUGAUCUUUGGUCCCUCAUCAAGGUACUUGUGUGUUCUCCUUUUUUGUCUCUCCUGCUGCUGGGGAAAUGGAAUGAUGAAUUGAUGAUCUUCUUGCCAUAACUAACUGACGAUUCCACUUGUGUGAAGAAAGUGGCAGCAGCUUUGCCGUGCGAGUAGGAGGAGGAGGAGCGCCGGAGAUCUUCGGCUCUGGCAUGGGCUCUUUUGGGAUGGAGUGGAACCAGAGGAGCUCGGUGCUGUGGGACUGGGAGAAUUUCCCGCCGAUAGGCGAGAACCCCAAGAAUGCGAUGCAGGCCGAUCCAAGAUUUGCCGCCGUUGCGGCUACCAUGGGGAACGAACCGCUCCAUUCUUCUGGCGGCAGCGGCAGCGGCAACUUCUCUUCCAGCUCGGAGAUGGGAUAUGGCUCUUCCAAGAGCUCCAUGUCCGCGUCGAUCGAUUCUUCGUCCAAGGCUGGGAACAACAUGGAGUUCAGAUUUGCGCCCGUCAAAAACACUGAUAGGAACAUGAGCAAGAAUACCGAGCUGGGUAAAGUUGAUAACACGAGAACUGGAACAUCUCCGUCGCCUGUGGUGGCAGUGAGCAGUGGGGAGCCGGUGAUCGGCCUGAAGCUCGGCAAGAGAACCUACUUCGAGGAUGUCUGUGGAGGGCAGAGUGUCAAGAGCUCGCCAUCGGGUGCUGUGAGCGCGCCAAACAAAUCUCCUGCUGUGGGCAAGAAGGCAAAGGCGGAACAACAGAAGCCACAUAACUCAUACUGUCAGGUUGAAGGCUGCAAAGCCGAUCUCUCUACUGUUAAAGAUUACCAUCGGAAGCACAGAGUCUGUGAACUUCACGCUAAGGCUCCCAAAGUUGUUGUCGCUGGUCUGGAGCGACGCUUUUGCCAACAGUGCAGCCGGUUUCAUGCUUUAGCCGAGUUUGACCAGAAAAAGCGAAGCUGCCGUAGGCGUCUCAAUGAUCAUAAUUCCCGCAGGCGCAAGCCACAGCCAGAAGCAAUUUCUUUCAGUUCAUCAAGGAUGUCUACAAUGUUUUAUGAUGCAAGGCAACAGCCAAAUUUCCUAUUCGGUCAGGCUCCUUAUGUUCAAAUGAGAAGCUGUGGAAGUUCUUCAUGGGAUGACCCAGGAGGCUUCAAAGUUACACACACAAAAGCUCCUUGGUUAAAGCCAACAACUGCUGCAGGUGUUCAUGGGAUGCAUUUAUCUAGUCAGCAGAUGUCGGACAAUAUUAUGCCGCAUGGUGCACAUCAUGGUUUCGAUGGGUUCAUGUCAUUCAAGGGAACUUGUACAAAGUUCCCUAAUCAAGGUGUCCAAGCUUCUGCUGUUGCUUCCGACUCCAGUGGAGCCCCGGAUCUUCAGCAUGCUCUCUCUCUUCUGUCAAGCAACCCAGUGGGUGCUGCCAACCUCCAGCCAAGUCCCCAGAUGCACUCUGGGGUGGCAGCCAUUGCCGGCGCCCCCAACCCCGCGAUGCACGCGCUGGGAUCAUCGGUGGGGCUCUGGCUAGACGGCGGCCAGCCCCUCGAUGAUCACCCGCGGUUCCAGGUCUUCGAGCGCUGGGGGGACCAUGACAGCGAGCUCCAGCUCCCAAAGCCUUCCUACGACCAUGCCUCGCACUUCGACCGGAUGCACUGAUGAUGGCUCCGGUCCACUGGGUGCGUGAUUUUGUCACGCGAUCAACGCCCGUUUCUUCGGCCUGAAACUCGGAAUGCUGAAUUUACUUUGCUUUGACGCCGUUGCCUGCCUCGAGGCCUAUGGUUUUGGCAAUGCCUAGAAUAAAGGCGCACACGAAACAGACUUAGGAUCAAAGUGACCCAGUCGUGUUGCCAUGGAAAAAGAUCUUGAUCCAUCAUUUAGCCAUUUGUCUGAAUAAUUCUGAACUUGCUAUGUUUCUGAAUUGCUUCUGCAACUGUAACUGAUCAUGGUUUUAAAUUUUUGAUGAUGA